AUCUACUAAUUGAGAGUAGAAACAAAAAGAAAAAAAACAUUGUAAGCGCUGUAACAGCAGGUUUCGGAGGCUUUUGGGGUAGCCGACGAGACACAGUGGAUUCCUUAAUUCUCCAUGGAUAUGGAGAUGAAAGAAGGUGAAGCCCCCGUGUUGUGGUUCGAAACCUCUGACUCUGUCUGUCGUCGACACCAGUUUGAACCCGAUGGUCAACUCUCCGUAGUGAUUGUCGAUGAUUCCAGGCCCUUAUACCAAAGGGUGGCUGGAUCUUUCAUGAAUAAAUUUUUCCCCUCGGGAUAUCCGUACAGUGUGAAUGAAGGCUAUCUUAGAUACACGCAGUUUCGAGCUGUGCAACACGUUACCAGUGCAGCAUUAUCAGUUCUAUCAACUCAGUCCUUGCUAUUUGCUGCAGGGUUGAGGCCCACUCCUGCGCAAGCAACUGCUGUUAGUUGGAUUUUAAAGGAUGGAAUGCAACAUGUAGGGAAGCUAAUAUGUAGCAAUUGGGGAGCUAGAAUGGAUUCUGAACCUAAACGUUGGAGACUAUUAGCUGAUGCGCUCUAUGAUAUAGGCACUGGCUUGGAAGUGCUUUCUCCAUUAUGCCCACAUCUUUUUCUUGAAAUGGCAGGCUUAGGAAAUUUUGCAAAGGGGAUGGCAGUUGUUGCAGCAAGAGCAACAAGGUUGCCUAUAUAUUCUUCAUUUGCCAAAGAAGGAAAUCUCAGUGACCUAUUCGCUAAAGGAGAGGCUUUUUCAACUCUCUUUAAUGUUAUUGGAAUUGGAGUUGGAAUUCAAUUAGCAUCUACCAUCUGUGCAUCAAUGCAGGGAAAGUUAGUUGCGGGUCCUCUCCUUUCAAUAAUACAUUUAUACAGUGUGUCUGAAGAAAUGAGAGCAACUCCUAUCAAUACGUUGAAUCCACGAAGAACUGCAAUGGUUGUGGCUGAUUUUCUCAAGGCAGGAAUUGUAUCAAGCCCUGCUGAUCUAAGAUAUAGAGAAAAUCUGCUGUUCAAUGUGCAUGUCAAAGAAGAUGCUGGAAAUGUAAGAGUGGGGAAGGAUGUGCACAAGGUCAUUAAGCCUUCCAGGCUUCUUGAAUUAAAACAAGUGUUCCCUGAGGAGAAGUUUCUCUUAAAUUUUGGAAAUAAAUGCAUUGACAUGGUAUUGGAACAAGAUGCUAGUGGUGAAGAUGCAUUGAGGGGGUGGCUAGUUGCUGCAUAUGCUGCACAAACACAUAGUUUCUCUCAUGAGCUCAGUGCUACUAGUGUCCUGCAUGAGGCUUAUGAGAAAAUGAAUGGUGUCUUUCCUGUAUUCUUAAGGGAAUUGCAGAACAAAGGGUGGCACACUGAUAGGUUUUUGGAUGGAACUGGGAGCCGUUUUGCAUUCUAGAUAAAUUUCAUGUUGAUUUAAGUAGGUUUUUAUCCAUUCUUUGAGAGAAAUUUUGAUGUGCUAUGGGUGGAGUAAACUGUAUAUUUUAUCUAUUAUUUUUUAAAAAGUAAUGUUAGGACAUACCUUUCUUCAAAAAACAUGAAGAUGGAGGAAGGUAUGAUAAGGACUUUGUGGCUUGUUUGAGGGAUGCGGAUUGAAGCUUCUUGAUGGCCAAAUCUGGUCUUAUUUUCAGCACGAGAAGGAGAGGUCAAUACUAUUUUGCAGACAAUAAUUUGGCUUUCACAGCACCACAGAGUUAAUAUUGUUUUUGAAUCAGAUUGUUGAUCAUAUAUACAAUAAAGGGGAAGAUAUUACAGAUUGUGGGAUAUUUCUUAACCAUAAUUUAGAGAGAUCCUGAGAUUAAAUCC